CCUACAUCUCUUAAAUCUCAGGGUUUCGGCGAGGAGGAGAGGAGACGAUAACGAGAUCUCAGAGAAGGAAUUCAUCAAUGGCUCCGAAGGCAGCGAGAGCUAGCAGGAACCCUGAUCUCAUUCGUGGGGUUGGGAAAUAUUCGAGGUCGAAGAUGUACCACAAGCGGGGUCUUUGGGCAAUCAAGGCAAAAAAUGGUGGUGUCUUCCCUCGCCACGAUGCCAAGCUUCAGGCCGACGCUCCGGCAGAGAAGGCGCCGAAGUUUUACCCUGCUGACGAUGUCAAGAAGCCACUUGUCAACAAGCGCAAGGCUAAGCCCACCAAACUUAGGUCUAGCAUUACUCCUGGAACCGUGCUUAUCAUUCUCGCUGGAAGGUUCAAGGGAAAGAGAGUUGUGUUCUUGAAGCAACUUCCAUCUGGGUUGCUUUUAGUCACUGGACCAUUCAAGGUCAAUGGUGUUCCGCUGAGGCGUGUGAAUCAGUCGUAUGUGAUUGCAACCUCCACCAAGGUAGACAUUGCAGGAGUCAACGUGGAGAAGUUUGAUGACAAAUAUUUCUCCAAGGAAGUUAAGAUGAAGAAAAAGAAGGGAGAAGGAGAGUUCUUUGAGGCAGAGAAGGAGGAAAAAAGCUCACUCCCACAGGACAAAAAGGAUGAUCAAAAGGCCGUGGACUCAGCUUUGCUCAAGUCGAUCGAGGCUGUUUCAGAUUUAAAGACAUACUUAGCUGCCAGGUUUUCUCUAAAGGCAGGCAUGAAACCUCAUGAGCUUGUUUUCUAGAUAUUUGCUGUUUUCUUGUGGAAUUGAUCACUACAAUUUUCUUGUUUUGUGUUUUGUUAUGAGGAUUCUAGAUUUGAAAUUAUAUCCCGUAAUGAAUUUUGACUGAUAGUGAUAAGAUAUGUAAUAUUUCUUUUAUUCCCAUCA